AUGCCUGACAGAGCAAGAGACCGGGAAAGACCCCGGGAAAGAGAAAGUAGAAAAAGAAGACGUCGCGAGUUCGAAGAAGACGAAGAUGAGGGCGGAAUCUCAAGUUUUUCGAAGCGGUUUUCCGGAAUAAUUGUAUUUUGAUUCAAGGUUGGAAAGUCGGACUCGUCAUUGGGGUCAUCGUCGUUUGUUUUGCGAUGCUCUACCCUGCUCUUUUCCAUCCCAUGUUGAUGGGUCUGAUGGGUCAGUUUCCUUUUAUUUUAAGAGAUAUAAUAAAAGUUACUGCUUCCCCAGAAACGCUGGGGGAGUUCCUAGAGCGGUUAGGGGAAAAUGAACCUCUAAAGGUGCAAUUUCAAGCAUAAAGGGGACAAAAUAGUUCCACAGAGGGCUUAAAUUUAGGUGGUCCCUAUAGGGUUUUCGAGCUUGACGUCUAACAUCUGUAAGCCCAUAAAGCUUGAGUAGUUCCUAUAGUGGUUUUUUUAUUUCUUGUUAUGAUUGGAAUGAUAAAAAUACCUACAGGACCUCUAACAUGAUCCUCUAGAUUGACCCCUUUUGUGAGUUUUUGGUCCCCCAAUAGGGGAAGGUAAAGUGGUCCCAAAAGGAGGACAUUUUACCCUUAAGUUACCGCUCUAGGGACCAAACUAGCGUUAUCGAGAUAUUUUUUCUAAAGUAGUUGUCGAAAAAUUAUUUUAUAUGUUCGUUCCUCUAUAAAUGUCGCCAACGAGGUGAAAUUUGAGAACAGGAACUUGAGAAUUUGAGCAAAUAACAGGCGAACCAGAAAAAUAAGAAAAUUAUAAGGUAGGAAAGACGUGGAGAAUGCGGAGCUGAUUACAAUUUUUUUUUUAAUUUGGGGCAGGAAAAAAUUUUGAGUUUUCAAACGGUGAAAGUUUCAAAAAAGACUUCUUUCAUUGUAAUUCUGAGAAUGCGAUUAGUGUUUUCUGACAAGAAAUAAAAUUCAUCUGAAGUUUAGAACGAAUUCUCUGAAAAUCACUUGUUUUUUAGAGAAUUUUCGGUUACAAUUUAUUCAAUUGAACUAUCUAUUUUUUUCAAUUUUCAAAUGAUGCAGAUGAAAAUCAGGUUUUAUUUAAAAAAAUUUUUUUGAUUUUUUUGCACCCUCUCAAACCGAUCAUUUGAAGUCAAACGAAGUUACGAUAAAGUUUCGGUUAUUUUUUUAUAAACGUUUAAAAAAAUAUAUUAUUUCAAGGAUAUUUUUUUCUUCCACCAAGAGAAAUAAAAGAAUGCUAUCAAAAAAAUGACUAAAAAGUGAGUCAAUAUUCGAGGAAAUCAUUGAAAAUAUAUCUGUUCACAUUGAUUUCCUUCUAAGGGGAUAGUCAAAAAGUUGACAAGAAACCAAAUUUCACAAGAAUUUCUCAAGGUAAUGGCAGAAUCACUAAUCGGGAAGGCUUAAAAAGACCAAUUUAGCAUUAAAACCAGCGGGAAAGCUCUUAUUUUUGUGUACCUAGUUUUUUUAUCACAAGUCGAACUAUAAUUUAAGAUAAUUUCCUGGCGAAAAGCUCCGCAAUUUUUUUCCAUAAAAAAAUAAAAAAAUUUUUGGAAAAAUUCGUUGUAAAACUUUACAGAAUUUUUGGAUGAAAUUACUUUGAACACGGCAUAAAUACUGAAUGUUCCCACGAUAAUUCAGAAAAAUGUCUUUAUAGGGUCAAAGCAACAGCAGCCGACGACAUCGCAGGCCCGACCUCCGAUCCAUCCGGCGAUGGGCGGCGGCGGCGCCGGCGGAGGACGACAUCCAGGACCUGGAGUCCGGCCUGACGUCCAUCCCGCCAUGAGAAUGGCUCAUGCUCAGGUUUUUUCAAGUUCAAUAAUUGUAAAAAAGUAGAGUGGGAAAAAAUAAAAUCGUAUAACUUAUAUACGGUAUAAGGCGAUGAAUAGUUUGAUGUUUUGUAGUUGAUCAUUUUCAGACUGAAACACAGUCCGGAGGUCGCGGAAUGUUCACUUGGAUGCUUCCUUUGUACACGGUCGGCGUCGUCGUUUUCCUUCUAUAUACUCUCUUCAAGGUAGUUUUUCUAAAGGCCUCUGAAAAUCAUCAACUUCUUCCAGUCAAAGAAGAACAAGAAGAAGAAGCGACGUUACGACGAGUCAAGCGAAGAAGAAGAUGAUGAGUCCGACGUGAACGACGUCUACAACGGAAAGAGAUUGGGUACUCACAAACAUCGAAAAGGAAUUUAUGGGAAAAAAAAGACAUUUUUAGGAAAGAAGAAGCUCCGAGGACUUCAAGAACGUCUCCGACAAACCGAAGAAGCCAUGACGAAGAUUCUGGAGCAGCUGGAAACAGUGCAAGCGGGAGAUUUGGGCUUGGAUUUGGAUGCUUUGGAAGAGGUACAAUAAAGGCUGAUUUCGGAAGAAAAGAAAGGGAUCAGGCUUCAAAAGCCGCCGAGCAGGACGAGUCUGUCGAAGUUGACGACGGAGAAAAACCCAGCACUUCCAAGGCGCCGCAGCAGAACGAGCAGUACAUCAACGACUUGGAGAAGGCUUUGAAGGACUUCAAGGUAAGGGGAAACCCUGACUGAAGAUUGAUUUUUGAGAACCUUUUGGGUCGAACAAUUUGAGCUUUUUUUUUGAAUUUUGCGCGGAUCCUGGGACCUUUUUUGAACUUCAUCUUGACUAAAUUUUUUUUUUCAAUUUUUUAUCGUAGAAUUCAUUCGCAAGGGUUUUAAAAAUUCUGACGCGUCUUCUCUUUUCUCUGAUCGAAGAUAGAAAAUGAAAAAAAAAAACCUCGGAUGAGAAAAAAGAGAGCGCAGACAAGUCAGAAAAAUUUUUUUCGUGGUCAUUUUUUUGCUGUUUUUUUGAGAUUUUUUUAAGAUUUAUACGUGGUUUUUAAUAGUUUUUAAUAACUCCAAAAAAAAUAUUCUGAAGAAGAAUUUUUUUAAAGAGAGGACAAGAAAUAGGCCCUGAAUCUGAAAGACAUGGUUACUUUCGGUACUUUGGAAAUUCUUUUUUUGAACUCUAGGCAAAUUUGUUCGUCAAUAUCUAAAAUUUACAGGACCUCUCUCGAGAGUACGAAAAUGCCAAGAUCGGCGGCCGUCGUUACAAAAAACGGGAUUCUGAAGAUGAAGAGGAGGAAGAAGACAACGAAGAAGAAAACACGAGCGACGGUGAGUUGAAUUCCGAAGCGAGCACGUCGGAAUCCGAAGACGAGCCUCCGCCGCCGCCGCCCCCUCCGAAGAAGUCAAAGUCGAAGAACAAGUCAAAGGCCAAGAAGAAGAUCGAGGACAAGUCUGAGAAGGAAGAAGAAGAAGUUGAAGAGGAAGGCAUCGACAUCGACGCCGAGUUGGCCAAGGAGUCGCUGAUAAAAAGUCAGCCGAACAAUGAUAACAAUAAGAAGGUCCGUCGGAGACCGAAGAAAACUUAA